GAGAAAGCCACGUUCCCUAUGUGUGGCAAACAACUGAACCAGCGCCAACUGCUGCUCCAGCUGCAGCAGCUGCUGCUGCUGCUAGUCCUAGGCAGCCAUUGCAUUUGGGGCCAUGUUGUUGGCUGCGCGACUGAGGCAGCGGCGGAUGCGAUGGACGUGAGCAAAUCGCCGUGCGAGAAUUUCCAUGAGCACGCCUGCGGCAACUGGCACGCCCCCUAUGGACUGCGUGCUCUGGGCGCACAUGAUAUGCGGUCGAAGCUGCGCGCGCUGAACAAGCAGCUGCUUGUGCGGCACCUUGAGGCCAGUGGUGGGGAUCAGGAUCAGUUGCACACGUUCUAUGACAGCUGUAUGAGCGGCCGGCAGUCGCUGCACGUCUAUAUGGAUGCAGUGCAGCAGCUUGUGCCGGAUUGGCCGCUGCUCAACAAUGCGACGCGCUUCGAUUGGUCACGCGGCGGCGCUGCAGUGCGUCGUUUUGGCGCCCAGGGCUUGUGGCGUCUGCUCGUGCAGCCAAAUUGGCAGGCGGCAGAGCAGCUCAUAUUCUAUCUGCUGCCGCCCAGCUUCGAGCUGUUGGGUAGCAGCGAGCAGAGCGAAUUUCUCUACCAGCGCUAUCUCAAGUAUCUGCUGCUCGAACUGAGACUGCGCGUCCGACGCGCUGCCACGCUGGCCGAGCAGCUGGUGAGCUUUGAGCGGCAGCUGCGCGAACUGACGCCGCCGCCGCUGGAUGAAGCCCAGACGCUGGUGCUGCACGAGCCGCAAACGUUGCAGCAGCUGGCGUCGCAGCUGCCGCAGCUACAGCUGCUCGACUACUUCCGGCUGCUGCUGGGCGAACGCUAUACGCCGCAGCUGCUGCUGGUGGCGGACACGGGCUACUUGCAACGCCUGCAACGCGUGCUGCACGCCGCCGACCCGCUCGUCCAGUCCAGCUGGCUGCUGCUGCAGCUGCCGGCGCACUUUGAGCUCCAUCUGCACGAGGACACCACGUUGGCUGCGCAGCGUGAGCAUUGCCUGCAGCAGUUGAAUCAGUUGCUGCCGCGUCAGCUGUCGCAGCUGCAGCAGCGUCUGUUGCAUGGCAGCGAUGCUGCGGCGUCUGCCUUUCGCAGUCGCACGCAGCGCCAGCUGCAGCUGCUGUUCGACUCGCUGAAGGCUCAGUUCGAGGUUUUGCUGAAUGCCACGCCGAUUUUCGAACAGGACGCCGCCACACAAACUCUGGCCCUGCAAAAGCUGCGCGCAAUGCGGCUGCUGCUGCCGCCGCCGCCGUCGCCACAACAGUUGGAGCAGCGAGAAGAAGGGAAGGCGCAACGUGAGCUUCAAUCUACGAGCUUCAGCUACGAUACGAAUCUGUUGCACUUGUCGCAGGCGGAGUCGGAUGCGCAGUUUCAGCUGGCGCUGGGCUGCUUGCAGUUGCCCUGCGAGUCAUCUGCUGCAUGGGCGGGCCACGCCCUCGGUCCACUGGAUGUGAACGUGUACUACAGGCUGAAGCUAAAUGCUAUUGAGCUGCCGCUGGGUCUGCUGCGUUCGCCCCUCCUGCCCAGCAGUAGCAGUAGCAGCUGCGAGGCAAAUGUUGCUCGAGAGGAUGCCAGGCAGACGGCGACGGAUGCGGAUGCGGAAUCGCAGGCCCGCCUGCUGGGCGGCCUGGGCUAUAUGCUCGGCCACGAGCUAAUCCAUGGAUUCGACUAUGAUGGCAUCAAUUAUGAUGCAGCCGGACGUGUGGCCGGCGGCCAGUGGCCAGCGCGCGCCAUCAUUCGCUUUGGCCUGCGUGCCGGCUGCUAUUUGGGAGCACGCUACAGCAAUGCGACGUUGACCAUCAAUGAGAAUAUUGCGGACAGCGAGGGAUUGCGCUUGGCCUACGAGGCGUAUCGGCACCAGCAGCCGGCCAAUGCCUCAAUGCGUCAGUUCUUUGUGGCCUUUGCGCAAAACUGGUGUGGACAGGCGGUGGCGCCCUCUAGCGGCGCACAGCAGCAUGCCUCGCAUCGGGAGCGUGUCAACAAUGUGCUGGGCAACUUCCCGGAAUUUGCUGAGGCCUUUGAGUGCAAGGUGGGCAGCCUAAUGCAUCCGCCGGACAAGUGUCGCAUUUGGUAAACAGCGGCGCAGCAGGGGCUGGGGCUGGGGCAGCGACAGGGUCGGGGACAGGGACAAAGCUGAGGUAACGUCAAUGGGAUGUUUUUCAAAUCUGAGUAAAGCAAUGACAUUGAAAU